GAGCGGAGUGGCCUUCCGCGGAAGGGAAGAGUCCCGCAGUCGGAGGCGGCCGGCUGGGCGUGAGCUCGCUACCCGCAGCCGGAGCUGGGCCGGAGCCGGGCGAGGCUGGGGCCGGGUCGGGCCAGGUUCAACGGGCUAGGGGCAGCGGUCGCAGCCGGGCAGGGGCCGGCGGGCUCGGGGUCUGCGGUCUCCUGAGCCCUGAUGUGAGGCGGCGGCGCCCCCGGCCCGAGCGCGCACCAUGGGGGCCCCGCUCGUGGUGGCGCUGGGCGCCCUCCACUACCUGGCACUUUUCCUGCAACUCGGCGGCGCCACGCGGCCCGCCGGCCACGCGCCCUGGGACAACCACGUCUCCGGCCACGCUCUGUUCACAGAGACACCCCAUGACAUGACGGCACGGACAGGCGAGGACGUGGAGAUGGCCUGCUCCUUCCGUGGCAGUGGCUCCCCCUCCUACUCGCUGGAGAUCCAGUGGUGGUACGUGCGGAGCCAAAGGGACUGGACUGAGAAGCAGGCGUGGGCCUCGAACCAGCUAAAAGCUUCUCAGCAGGAAGACGCUGCAAAGGACGCGACCAAAAUAAGUGUGGUCAAGGUGGUGGGCAGUAACAUCUCCCACAAGCUGCGCCUGUCCCGGGUGAAGCCCACAGAUGAAGGCACCUAUGAGUGCCGUGUCAUCGACUUCAGCGACGGCAAGGCUCGGCACCACAAGGUCAAGGCCUACCUGCGGGUGCAGCCGGGGGAGAACUCAGUCCUGCACCUGCCUGAAGCCCCGCCCGCUGCACCCGCCCCACCGCCACCCAAGCCUGGCAAGGAGCUGCGGAAGCGCUCCGUGGAUGAGGAGGCCUGCAGCCUCUAGACUGACGCCCACCCCGCCACCUGCCUGCCCCGCGCCCCUACGGCCGUAGAGUGCAUGAGGAGCUGCUGGACCGCUGGGGACAGGACGGCCUGGGUCCAGCCGCCUCCCCAUCCCCGAGACCGCCUGUGGCCACUACGUCGGCCCUCCACUUACCACCCCUUUGCUCAGCAUGUAAGCCCCGCCCAGCCCUUCCUUUCCAGCCCCCUGCCGUGACCUGGCUCAGAGGAGGUGGCCCCAGGCACCAACGGAACAACCGCCCCUGAACAGUGGGGGGGACACCAUGCUGGGGCCAGACUGCCCCCUUUCGUCACCAGCUUCAGUGGAGUCCAGUGUUUUCGCUUUGCUUGCUUGUCUCUCAGCCCCCCUAUUCCUAGCCAGGGCCUCCCAGCCUUACGCUCCCUCCUUCCCACCAUCCCCUCCUUGGACCUGGGGAUGUGGACAGUGACCCCUCCCCAAAUUUGGACUUGAGUCUUCUGAGCAGAGCUAGGCCUCCCCCCUGGUGAAGAGAGGGGCAAAAGCCCUCAAGGGAGCCUUGCUCUGGGGCUGUGGCCCCGUAGCAGGGUCACUCACAGGGGCCCUGGGAGGAGAGGGAGACACCCCACUGCCUCCUGGAGGGUCAUUCAUGGUCAGCCUCCUUAUACCUAAGAAAUAGCUCCCUGUCGCAGCCUCCGGGGAGGCCAUGGGACCAGGAAUCUCUGCCCCUUCACAUAGCAAGUUAGAAGGAGGACCUUUCCCCUCUGACCCCAUGGCCCCAUGCAGAGUUUUGCACCAGCAGGACCUCUUUGAGGGUCUUUGAGGCUUUCCCAGGAGCCCCCCUCUGCCAGCCCCCAACAUCCCAGCCACCUCUUGGGGUCCAUGCCAAGCCUACCCAAGGGCCUGGGGCUGUUGGGAGCCAAGGGACCCUAGUACCAAUCCCUUCACAAUUACUGAUCAGGGGACACUUGCUUCUGGUGAUUUGUAAAUAUUUCUAUUGGGCCAAACACCCCUUGGAACUGGCUCAAACCUCUGGCCACCCCUCAGCAAUGGAGUAGGGGAUGUGGGAGAGGCCGAGGGCUUUGCCCAGGGGUGUGUGGGUAACCCUGUACACAUGAUCCAAUCCGUGACUACCAGACAACCUGAAUAAA